AUGACGAAAAUUCGUGAGCUGGUGGUUUUCUCCGUUGUUUUGGCGGUAAGUUGCACAUGAUAGGAAUUUCAGUUUUCGGAAAUUACAAUAGGAUGCUUAGACCGUUGGGUCAAAACGGUCUGCCAAAACAGUCCGCAAAAAAAAAGAUUUUUAAAGCUCACAGAGACCUGGAGGGGUCAAGGGUUCGACCGUGCUGAUUAAAACCUGUUUCAUUUUUCCAAUUAUUACUUGUUCGCCUUAAGUAAUAAUGCAAAUUAGUAAUGUUCUGACUUUUUUGAUGAGAAAUACUUUUUUAAUUAAAAAACUGCCUAACCGUAUCAAAGUAAAAUUUAUAUCUUGCCGCGCUAGAGAGAUAUUUACCAAUUUUUGCGCCCGAGAGAGCGCGUGGAAUGCGGUGAGCGGUUAGAGAGAAAAACGAUUUUAUCAUUUUCCUGUCGUAUCUUAUCACUAUCUACAAAAAUGCCUAUCUCUCCGCCCCGCUUGAAGUUUGAUAAGAUAUCAAACGAUCUAUAUAAGCACCGCCGAUACUCUACUAGACGUCAAUCACCUAAUUACAACUGUUGACCACUACAUUAGCGCGUUGGCCUGAUAUUAGCACCGAGAGCUGUGCCCAGAAACUUGACCCAAAGUCCAGAGGGCCGGUAAGUCUCCAAUUGUUAGAAAACGGCGAGGAGACGACGGGGAACAGAGGUUUGAUGAGAAGAGCUAGACAUCAAUCCAAUCCGUAGUUCAAUAAACCGGUACUAUUUAUAAAUGAUAGUUCAGAGUUAGCCAAUGCCACCGAUAGAGGCAACGAACUGAAACUUGACGAAUAUAGAAGACGUAGUAACCAAACAAAUAGAAGCCUUCCCGACCUUCGUAACCGCCAGGCAGCAGGAGGUACCCAACGCAAAACUAUGGUAUCCGAUACAGAAACUACCAGCCCGCUGAUCUUUUUUUUUUUUUUUUUUUUGAAUUCAACGAAGACGUAACCUAGCAGCGACUCGAAUCAUUACUACCAAAGUUGAAAAAAACGUAAACCUACCCGAAAACUUCACUUGCACCCAGAACCUCGCAAGACCGAAGUUCCUACUGCCUGACGGAUCCCGGGAAAGAGCGAGACGAGCCUUAAGCCUAUGCAGACAGGUACCGGACGUAAAUGUAUUCACACUUGCACAGAGGUUCUCAACAUUGGGAAAACAGCCCACCCUUCAAUGAGAACAUAGAUUUCAAUUUCAAGGAACUUAUGUUUCAACAGUUCGUAACUGAAACUCUCCUUCGGCAUCAUGUGCAACUAUCCCGACCAAAAACAUUCGUAAAUUUGGAGGUGAUCCCUACGAAUCCAGUCCAACCCCAAUUUUGUUUUAUAAAAUAGCAUCGUGACAUAUCAUAUAGAUACGCCCCGACUCGAAAGGGUCGUAGAUACCCGGGAUAAAAAAUGGGUGAGUGGAUUUUGGGAGUUUAAAUUUUACUGUUUCCCCUAUCAUUGUUUCCUCAUUGACCCUUUUAGGCAUCAUUAUAUUAUAUGCAUCUCCUUAAGAAGUUCUUGGUUUACCAAUAAACUUGUAAUUGAAUAACUCGUGACAUGCCUUAGAAGGGCAAGCAUAAACUAACUGUUGCAUAUUAUACGCCUGCGCCACACAGAAUCAAAAAUGAACGCACCGAACCCAGCAGAAGAUCAUUUCAAACGCCCUAUUAGGCUGUCUUUGUAGUCACGAUAAUUAUCAGUCAUAAAUUUGCUCAUUUUCUGUUUCCAGAUAUCCGCCCAGGUGGACGAAACCCCCGACUGCCCCGAGAACAGCCGAUUCCAAGAGUACGCGACGAUCUGCGAUCCCACUUGUCAGGAUAUUAUUGAGGGGCAUAAUAAAGACGACUGCAUCCCAAGAUACAUGCCGGAUUGUGUUUGUUUCGAAGGAUUCAGCUGGUUUCAUGGAGUUUGCGUGCCAACCGAGGAGUGUGAGAGGAAUGGUGAGUAAAAAAUACUUUUGGGAAGUAAAACAAAAAGUGCCAAGUUUCAUCAAAAUCCGAGCGUCGAAUUAUUUUCUCAUUUUCUGUAAAAAAAAAGAUUUUUUUCAGCCACAACCUCUUCGACUGCAGUCGCGACUGACCCGGCGGACAGGGACGGCGACAAAUAA